CGCAUUCAGAGAUGUUUGCUCCCGAUCUCAAAAAGUUCAACGAUAAUGAUGACCUUGAGGUUCAUGGAAAGCUCAUUAGAUACCUCUCAACCAGCGUCUCUCGGCCUGUCUCGAUCCUUGGACCCUCGCAAGUGCACGAUGUUGCUAACGUGCCUGGACGAGUGGGGCAUUUCUCUGUCUCCACAUGACGUUGGCUCUUUUGGCACUAGCCAGUCAUCCUCAGGGAUUUCACCCGGAUCAGCGGAUGAUGCCCGACGAGGGGUCUUCAAUUCAACUGUUGAUUAGUAUAGGCCGCUUCUACGUGGCUGGGAACGCCGUCUUGACCCCCUUGGGCGCACAUGUUUUGUUGAUUACAAUACGCGAAUGACGACUUGGAACAAACCUUGUCCCAACCAGAGUAUUAACCAUGUCGUCCAAGACAGCGAGACCAAUGCUGCUAGGGAUCUGCACUUCCAUCGUCUCCUGCUUGAUUACAUGGUGGACGUUGGUAAUGCACAAGCUAUCACUCACCCAACACCAUCGACCACUGCACCGCCCAGCGCAGCAACUACCGCUAUCGCUGCAGGCAAUAAUAUUACAAUGAUUGGCUCUGGCAGUCUUCCAACCGGGUGGAGGAGAGGUACACUUCAGAGGGUCGACUGUAUUGUGUCGACCACAGUACUCGCACGACAGCCUGAUUACACCCUCGUCGGCAAACUGUUGUUCGUGACAAGGACUCCAAUAUUCUGCUGUCUCAGUCCAUUGUCCUCCGGAUGGGAGAUGCGUCUUACUUCUACCACGUACCGUGUCUAUUUUGUGGACCACAACACGAAAAUAACGACAUGGGAUUACCCGCGCCUGCCUUCUUUGAUGCAAAUGUUCCCGUAGUCAGCCCACUGUGCGAGGGCAAACUGGCAAUUGUCA